ACCUGAAGUCAACACUAAGCACUUUCCCAAACAUGAAAAUCCCCAAUCCCAUACUCACGCUCUUCAUCCUCUUGAACCCUCCACUAGUACUGGCAAACAUAGAAACAUGUUCAGACAGCGUUUGCCAGAGUGGUGAGCCAGUGAUCCGAUUCCCCUUCCGCAUAGAAGGAAAACACGCAGAAGCAUGCGGAUACCCAGGCUUCAUAGUCUCCUGCAACCAGAACCCCCAAACACUCCUCAACCUACCAAAUUGGGACCCACUCAAAAUCCAAACGAUAAACUACGCCGCUCAGCAACUGUGGGUCAACGAUCCCGGCAACUGCCUCCCCAAACGCCUCCUCUCUCUCAAUCUCUCCGCCUCUCCCUUCCGCGCCGUUUACCACCAGCAGUUCACCUUCUUCAACUGCUCCGUCAAUUUGCCGAACCUCGUUCGUCGAUACCGUCCCAUAGGUUGCCUCAGCGAUCCUCCCAAGUACGCCGUUUUCGCCACGCCUUCUACGACUGUGGUUAGCCACUUGUCUUCCGUCUGUGAUUUAGUGGCCACGGUGAAGGUGCCUGUGCAGUCACCGUUUUACGAUCAAGUCACAUCGUCGGAACUCGGCGAGGAUCUGCGUCUCACGUGGGAAUCGCCGGCGUGCGGGAGGUGCGAGUCCCACGGUGGCCGGUGCGGCUUCAGGAGUGACGACACUUUUGAGCUUGAUUGCUUUGGUUUUCCUUCGAAAGGUGGCACGAUUUGUAUGUACAUGUACAAUGAUCAUUUUAAACAUUCUGUCAAAAUGAGAACCAUCCGCAACAAUAAGGAUAAAAAAGGGAUUUCUCGUGGUGCCCGUUACGCCAUAGCCAUAUGCAUAGGGGUACCAGCAAUGUUAUGCUCCUUUGGAGUAUUGAGUUGCAUCUGCAGCUGGCUCAAAAUGAGGAAUCAUGAUGGACCUUGGGCUCACGAAACUGUGGCAGAUUUUGAGGCUCUAGCGGGCUCAAGGCCCACAUCAGUGUCGGGCCUGGACAGACCCACAAUCGAAUCGUACCCAAAAAUAGUCAUAGGUGAGAACAGACGGUUACCGAAGAAGAGUGAGAAAACGUGCUCAAUAUGUCUGUCAGAGUACAUGCCAAAAGAGACAGUGAAAAGCAUACCUGAAUGCGGACACUGCUUUCAUGCACAAUGCAUCGAUGAAUGGCUUCCACUGAACGCUUCGUGCCCAAUUUGCCGAACUUCUCCCCGAAAGUUUCCACAACCGCGUGCUCGAUCAUCACCAUAAUAGUACAGUAAUGCUUCCACCUUUUACAAAUCUUCUAUAUAUCUGUGUUGUUUCAAUCAUGAAUUUGCCAUCAAAUAUGAUCCAUCUUUCUUUUAUUUAUGCCUGGAACCAUAGUGUGAAAAUACACCACAACUUUUAAUGAAAUUGUUUUUGCUGUCCACAA